AGACCAUCUUGUUGUGUUGGGCCUUGAGAGAAAAGGACCGCAUGGUUUUUCAGAAGCAGAAACAAUGAUUGCCUGCAGAAAAGCCUGUCAGUCAGCCCUCAAUUCCAUUUCCUGUAUUCCUAAAUCUAAAUGGAAUUAGUUGAGUCUGAAGCCGUUUGUGAAAGGAACAGACAUGGUUCAUGGGCACAGCUUCCAUCACGUUGUUGCAAGUCUUCUCAUACUUGGGUUGUCUGGGGCAACAAAGAAGGAUACAGCAGUAAAAAACAACUCUGGAGUGAAGCCUGUAGGUCAGUGUGGAACCUGGGUGAAAGAACCAGAAGGAGGCCUCUUCACGUCUCCCAACUACCCAAGCAAAUACCCACCAGACACAGAGUGUGUUUACAUCCUUGAAGCCCCCCCAAGGCAGUGUAUCGAUCUACACUUUGAGGAGAAUUACUCAAUCGAGUCCUCUUGGGAAUGUAAAUUUGACAACAUCGAGGUUCGGGAUGGACCAUUUGCCUUCUCCCCAAUGCUCGGACGAUACUGCGGUCAGCACAGCCCGCCUGAUAUCAGGAGUAGCGGCAGAUAUCUGUGGAUAAAAUUUGUUGCAGAUGGUGAACUGGAAGCAGUUGGAUUUUCAGCAAGUUACAACUUCACUGCAGAUCCGGACUUUGCAGACUUGGGAGUACCUCCACCUCUGCCCUCCUGUCAGUAUGACAUGGUCGGUCCAGAAGGUAUUGUUGAGUCUCAUCAGAUCACCCGAGACGGGAAGGCUGGCACUGCCGAGGCCGUGGACUGUAAAUGGUACAUCCGCGCUCCGCCGCGCUCCAAGAUCUACCUACGUUUCCUCGACUAUGAGAUGGCCAAUUCCAAUGAGUGCAAGCGCAACUUUGUGGCGGUGUAUGACGGUGGCAGUUCGGUGGAAGACCUGAAGAGCAAGUUCUGCUCCACGGUAGCCAACGACAUCAUGCUGGUCUCCACGCUCGGUGUUAUCCGCAUGUGGGCAGACGAAGCCAGCCGUAAAAGUCGAUUUCGCAUCCUCUUCACAACCUACCAAGAACCUCCAUGUGAGGCAGAUGCCUUCUUCUGUCACAGCAACAUGUGCAUAAACAACACACUGGUGUGCAACGGCAUGCAGAACUGUGUCUAUCCCUGGGAUGAGAACCAGUGUAAAGAGAAAAGGAAAGCCAACAUCCUGGACAACCUAAACAACACAAACGGGACCAUCAUUGGCGUCACCUGCUGCAUCGUCCUCAUCCUCCUCAUCGUCUCUGUCAUUGUCCAGAUCAAGCAGCCGCGCAAAAAGUACAUCUUGCGGCGUGAGGACUUUGACCCCACCAUGUUCCAGGAAGUGUUUGAGCCGCCGCACUAUGAGCUGUGUACUUUACGCAGCGCCACCGCGGCCGCAGCGGCGUCUGCAGACUUAGUCGACCUGGCGGAGGACUUUGAAAACUACCACGCCCUUCGCCGUGCCUCCUCACGCUGCAUCCACGAUCACCACUGUGGGUCCUCCUCCAACCCUGGCUCCGCCCACAUAUCCCAGCUGUCACUCAGUGGACGGGGGAGUCGCGGAAACUUGAGCCCCCGCGACGGAGCAGCCGCCACCCUGCUCACAGACCUCCCACAGCCGCCCAUGUCAGUGCGGCCCCUGCUGCCGACCACGGGAAACCGCAGGAGCAUCUUGGUCAUGAAGCACAGCUAUUCGCAAGAGGCAGCUGACCACGGAUGUGACCUGGAUGACGACCUAGAAGAAGUUCCCACCACCAGCCACCGGCUUUCACGCCACGAAAAGGCAGUACAGCGGUUCUGCCUCAUUGGCUCUUUGAGCAAACAUGAAUCAGAGUACAACACAACUAGGGUCUAAGAGACAAUCUCAAGGUAAGCACCAUUAUCUAACAAUCAACACCUUUAUAUGUUGUCGUGUAGUCAUCAUUUGCCCAGUCAGUAUAUAUACUUUUAUGUACGUUUUUCUUUCCUUUUCUGUGGUUUUUGCACAAGUUUAUUUAUUUUUUAUUAUUAUUAUUUUAUGUUCUUUUAAUUGUUCCUUUUCACCAAGAUGGCUUUCUUGCUUGCGGCCAUCUUGUCCUCCUCGUGAGUUUGUUUGAAGUCGUUUGUGAUGCUCAAGUUUACUUCUAUGUCCUCUUUGCCUGAGGACAUACAUUUUUUUUAUCACUCAGUGGAUAUUCAUCAGCAUGGACUUUUUUUUAGUCGAUGUUGUGAUCACUUAAUAUGUCUAACUUCUCUUUCUCCCUGAAGAUCAACAGCAAAUCAUUCUUGUCAGUGAUGUAAAAGUAAAAGCAUCAAAUGUAGCUCUCAUUAAACUAGUGCAUAUUGAGAUUAAACAUCUCAUUAAUCUCUCUGUGGCUGACAGAUAUUUACAAAUCACGCACUUGCGCGGGAUUCGUCGAUACUCUUGCAUGAUUUCUGUCACUUGUAGUUUUUUUGGUUUUGUGUUUGGUCAGUUGUGAAGCAUAAUAUUUGAGCUUGUGUGUAACAUUUCAUGUGUAAGCUCCGCACCAAGUGCUUUCCUGAGGUUGAUAUAAGCACAAAAUAAUAAAUUAACGUCACAGAUUGGCAUCAAUUUUAUAUGCAACUCUUUUUUUGUAACUUUUUAUAGCUUCAGUCGGUCGUUAAUUUGAUCACAAAGAGGAGACGCUUUGUGCAGGUUAAUAAAGGAGCAGUCGCAUAAAGUGCUACCCAUUGCUCUGUCUUUUAUUGUGAAAAUGUGUUGUCCUGUUGUGUGUGUGUCGUGUGCUUAUGUUCUACACUAUGUUGCAUUGUCUCCAUCAUGUAGACUUCUUGAGAAUAGUGAAAUCCUGGAUCAGUUCGAACGGGCGACACUGACAUAUGACAAAGCGGAGCGGAGUUUUACGCCAGCAUGAUGCUGGUGCUGAUGCUGAUGAGGAUGAGGAUGAAGAGACACUCUGACGAUGUAUUUGUGUGCAAAGAGGAACACAAACGACAGCUGCAAUGCUGUCAGUUUUGAAAACUCGAUCAGCUCUGUGCUUUUACACACUGAAGGCAGACAUUUUUGUCACAUUCGAACGAUGUGGACCUUUACAUAAGUAUUGAAUACUGAACUUUAAAUUUGGGAUGUUCACGAGACACAUCUGUCAUUGUCAUAGAUUCUGCGCUUACAACAAAAUUAAGAUCAAACAUGAAGUUAACAAGUUCAUUUUUUAGCAUGCAUUUUACAAAUUUAUGGCACACAUUGUUUAUUAUUAUUAUUACCAUCAUCGUUAUUAUUAUAGUAAUAAAUAGCAAAUAACAGAUGUUUGUUAAAGUUUGUUCAAAUUCGGGCAGAUUUUAUUUAUACGUAAAAGUAACCACUAACAAAUUGUAACGCUGAAAUAACCAGAAUCAGUUUAAUUAGAAUUACUCUUCAUAUCCACUUGUGUGGCUUAUGCAUGUUUCUUUUAUAUCCAUCUAAACAUUAACAUACUAACAUUAAAAUAUGAAAGGGCCCCAUUCACUAAUGCAUACGUCAUAAGGGCAUAAGUAGUGAUUUAAAAGGCAUCUUUAAAAUGUAUUCAUUGCAUUGCAUGCGGCUGCUUAGUUAAACCAUUAGAUAAAAAAAAGAAUUGCACAAAUAUCACUAUUUUCAUUUGAACUCCACACAAGUUUUAUUUGAGCGGAUGAACUCAAAAAUACUCUUUUUGUUGUUUUUUGGCAAACAUAUUUACUUUGUUUGUCGUCUAACUCUCUUUUUAUCGAAACCGACUUUUAUACUAAGGCAAAUUAAAACAGUGACACUUUUUACAGUUACUUAAACUAUCUUUCAGGGCUGGUUUUACUGAUGCUUUGUAAAACGAAUAACAAUAAAGCUUCUCCUUUUUUCAUUUUAUUGGCUUUUGGUCAGUAGUUACUCUGUUCUUCGUUUAGUGUGUCUUCAAACUGUCAGCACAUGACAUCCAUGUCUCCCAUCCAUGUUUUGAAAUCUUGUUCAUUUGCUGUAGGAAAAAAGCUAAUUUAACCCAGUACAUUUACUGCAGGAGAAGAAGACUUACAUUUAUUUUUCAUUAACACUUUGGAACGAAUUAUAAAACAUUGAGCACAGUGAUAUUAAAAACAACAUGUCAUUCA